AGGAGCGUUGUCAGCCAGCGACCUCGGCCACCGGCGAGCACGAGAGCGGCCGGCUGGAAGACGCUCCAGGCGCGGAAGCACGCUUCCAGCCGCGGUCUGCUGCCACGCGCCGCUCAUUGUUCCCGCGUGCGUGUGUGUGUGUGACUGUGUGCAGUAGUGGGCGGAACCUUCUCGCGAGGACACGGAACACCGCGGCGUCGCCGGCUUCAGUCAGUACGUCGUCGGCGUGCACCGGAAGUAACCACCGAGGCCCGUUUUGCGCACAAACUAAACUCAUCUGCAGCUCGGAUGCUUUUUCUGCUCCCACGCAAAACAGUUUUCCUUAAAAUUUCACAGCUCACGUGAUGACAGCUUUCGAAAACAACGUAAUCUGACAAUUUUCCUUGAGGUGCCAAUUGACUUUCAACUAAUACGCCGUGUGACUGAACUAGUGAGAACGGUGGAGGACCAACGUAGACGGGGGGACACGAGAAGAAGGAACGAUAUUACUUAUCUGGCCACAGUUUCCCGCUAGCCGUGUGUGUGUAUCGAGUGCAGUGCCCGCGCUGUGAAGUGAGCAGCGUCUCCAACGCCUCCACGCUCCUUAACGAGUGCAUCCUUGCGGCUCUACCGGAAGUGAAGAACAGGUUUCCAGACAUCGUAUCGUAACGGGAAGUUAGCAGCAGCCUACUGCUGUAAGGUGAACACGUCGGCCGACGGGUGCGAGCACGCGGCUCCAUGGGCGUAUGCCGGAGGACUCGGCGCGGCCGGCUGUAGCGCAUCACCAGAGCCGGGUGAGCCAGCAGCAUCCAGGUGGAGACGUGAUGAAACGAGAAAGGCGUGACUGCAUUUUGCCGCUGACGUAGACAGCACCACCUCGCUUGCAGCCAUCGCAGAGUUAUGGAAUAACAGGCAGAGGACACCGAGAAUCCUGAGUAGAGUUGACACUGCAGAGUCUUCCGUGUACAAGAACGCACAUUCGUUGGAGGACCCCACCCCCCGUGAUAAUGGAUAUCACAGAGGCUUUCAGAGCGGAAGACAUAUCAAAGACGGACUUCUUCGAUUUCGUCGUGGCCCCCGACGUGGGCGACGCGCCGCACGCGCUGACCUUCAACCGCUCGCUGAUGAAGUCCAUGGGCAUAUUCAUCGAGAACUCCUCGGUCAACAGCGGCGCCGCCCAGAUGAGCGCGUUCCAGGAGCUCAAGGAGGCCAACAACAACCACCUGGUGGUGACGUCCGCGGCGGGCGCCGCCAACGCCGCCGGGGACCCGGGGGCGCUGGCGUUCUCCGAGCACGGCUUCUGGUCGUCGCCGCCGCAGUGCGACAAGGAGACGGUGCGCCUCGAGACGGCCUUCUUCGAGGACCUCAACACGUACUGCUGGAGCCAGGACAGCGACGCGUCGGGCUCGUCCAGCCACAAGGAGCCGGCCACGCCCGGGGGCGGCGGCCGGCCGGGGGCGGCCGGGGGCGGCAACACGGACGGCGCCAUCUACACGCUGACGGUGCUGCACGGCAACGAGCAGCAGCCGGCCGGCGCCGCCGCCACGUGGUACCGCCCCCCGGAGGCGGCCGCCGUGGCCGCCAAGGGCGACCGCGGCGCCGCCUCCGCCGCCCCCGCCGGCGGCGCCCCGGAGGCCGGCCUGCGGCAGAUGGCCGCCCAGCAGCGGCAGCAGCAGCAGCAGCAGGCGGCGCUCGACAUCGACGCCAUCCUGAGCAUCGUGCCCGGCGACGGGCAGCCGCACACCGACGGCCCGCCCUUCCACUCCAACGGCUACCACCCGCACCAGCCGCACAGCCACCACCGGGACGCCAGCACGCUCAGCCCGCACCAGGCCAUGGCCCACGACAUCAAGACGGAGCAGCAGCAGCAGCAGUACAGCUACGAGCACAUCUCCGAGUCGUCGCCGAUGAUGGAGACCGGCGCCGACGCCGAAACGUUUGGUGGCGCUACGGGCCAGACCGCGGCUUCCAACAACAACAACGACUGGAAGAUUGGCGACAACAACAGUGGCACCAAUGUGGACUCGCUGCUGAGGAGUGCGCUUCAAGGCAAAGGGGCCUUCUUGAACAGGUACAACGGCGUCCACAAGAGCGACUGCCUGAAGGACGGGCACGCGGAGCUGCGUCGCGCGCUGUCCACGCCGCCCGGCAGCGGCUCCAAGACGCCGACGGCGGCCGAGUCGCCGGUGUUCGUGCCCGAGGCGGCGGCGGAGGACAGCGCCGACAAGAAGCCGCUGGUGCAGCACCUCCAGCUGGACAGCGGGCCGGCGGGCAGGGCCGCCAUGUUCGACGACGGCGACCACCACUCCCCGCCCGCCACCAGCGUCGACGACAUCCUCUUCUCGUUCCCGGGAGGCUUCGACGAGAAGAUACGGAACAUCACGAACGAGGUCGUGGAGUCGGCGAAGCGGUUCUGCGUGAUGGAGCAACAGCCGCACGACCAGCAGCACGCGCCCAUGUACAUGGCGCGGCUCCCGCCCCCCACCCACGACGGGCUCGCGCUGAUCCCUCUGAACCACCACCACCAGCACCACCACCACCACACCAGCACCACCACCACCAACAGCACCACCCCCACCAGCAGCCGCACCACCACGCCCAAGAAGUACUCCAAGAAGCAGAGCUCCGCGGCCAAGGGGGCGGCGCAGCAGGGCGCGGCCGGCAGCACGCCCGGCGCGCGCAAGGAGCGCUCGCUGCACUACUGCAGCAUCUGCAGCAAGGGCUUCAAGGACAAGUACUCGGUGAACGUGCACAUCAGGACGCACACCGGCGAGAAGCCCUUCUCCUGCACGCUGUGCGGCAAGAGCUUCCGCCAGAAGGCGCACCUCGCAAAGCACUACCAGACACACAUCGCGCAGAAGAAUCUGACACCGGGGGCAGGCGGCGGCGGCGGCGGCGGCGGCAGCGGCGUGUCCAAGCCGUCCACAAACAAGAACCGGUACGCCGCUCCCAAAGCCUCGUGAUCACUGCGGCGCGGACGGCUCCUUCUCCUCUAUAACGGUCGCAGCAUGCUUCGAAACAGACUUUUUGUCCAGUGGCUGUGUUGGCACUAAUGUUACCAUCUUCAGAGCAUUUGGCUUUGUUGGUCAGUCCGUAUUUCCGAGUCACCAACUACGUCACUGUCAUUAGCAAAUGUAAUUUUUUUUUAUCUCGUGGACACCCAGUGCAUUUUAUAUAAACUACACUGCAUAUUUUAGUUUAUAGAUGGCCCUGUGAAUUUCAAUAAGCGUGGAAAGUUAUAAACGUCCCGUUUUUCUUUUUACUCCUGCUGAUCUCUCAGUAUUAUUACUAUUAUUAUUUUAUUGUUAUUAUUUAAUACUUGUUUUUAAGUUUUGUAUAAGAAUGUAAAUAAUUAUAUCACAACGAUAAUUUCGGCGGAGGCGAUGAAGAUGACCAUACCAAACCACUGUCCAAAACUUCACGGAGUAGCACAAAAAUGACUCGUUCACAUUUUAUCAAGCAUUUUUGCUGAAAACACAGAUGUCAGUAUUCUUUCAUAAACGCUGGAAUAUUAUACUACUCGAAAAAGAAAAAUAUAACUUUGUUACAAUAUUCUUUCAAGAAAAUAACGACAAAAUCAUAUUAAGGAUAAAGAGUAACAUGUGGAGAAAUUCCAUAGUGAGACCAGAACAUCCUUGACAUAAGGUAAUACCGUCUGCUUUUCUGAGAUAUGAUAGUGUGUGGAGCAAUGUGAGACCAAAAUAAUCAUUCAAUAAAAUGGAAAGUGUCUCAGAUGGUUCGUUACGACUCCAGCUUCAUAGUUAACCAAAUUUAUUCAGUUAUCACAAAUAGAGGAUGUUUCAAACGUAAAUCAAAGUCUAGUGUUGAUCGAUCACGUCGUGGGCAACUGUUGUUAGAGACUUAAUGGUCGCUGACACUUCCUCACGGUAUCCUAUGGCCCGCAAUUACAAUAAGAAACGCCUAGCCUUGGGGAAGCACCUCUAGCGAAAGUUGUUCCACAUGACGCGAUCUGUCGCCCUCACAAAUUUCAUGCAAAAACUUUGGAACACCCUAUAUAUUACGUUUCGUAAAUUAAUGAACGUAAGUAACUACUGUUUGUGGUUAUUAUGAUUUCUUACAAUGUUCUUAGUACUUCUGAGUUUCACAUAUCGGUGCAAAACAAUAAUAAUAUCACUGGUGUAACUAGUAAUAGCAAUAUCACUAGCAUAACUAAAUAUUUUGAUAUCAUAAUGUGUGCAAAUCCGCACUUACCUACUCCUAAUUAAUCUGUGUUGUUAACUGCCUCUCUGACAUGGAUCGCUUGUUAUAGCUCAGUAACAUAAAAGCAUUGGAUGAAAAAGCUAAGAGAGUCAUGUGCCAUAAAAAAUAUAUUUGGAUUUUAAAAAGAGAAUCUAAUUGAAGCUGUUAAACACAAAUAAGUACAAAAAUGUCAUACAACACUACUAUGUCUCCAGAAAUUAUAUCCAAAACAGUAAAUUUUGACAUGUCUAGACAUGAAACUGUAACAUACUCCAGUACAAUUGAGUGCAGUUAUGAUAGCUAUUUAUUGAAAGAUGAGAAACCUAUUUCAGUGACAAGGUAUGAUCUGUUAAUCAGUAUUAUAAAUGUAGGUACUUAUCUUCUCUAAAAUAACAUAUUCAUCACUUCAUAGACGAUGUCUGUGCACACACACACACACAAUUAAUUUCAACUUAAUUGCUGCUUAAUGCAUUAGUCAUAUUGGCCAGCAGUUCUAAGUUAUUUCUGUGUGUACACCAUGGCAUUGCCUCUGGAAGACUGGGGAUGUUUUUCUUGUUAUGAGCAACUUUCUUCAUGCAAUUCUUUCCUUUUACACUUUCACUAACAAUUUCACAGCCCCAUAAAUUCUCCAAAAUUUUAUAAUUCAUCUAUUUUUUGUGGUUAUAGUUAUUGAUAUCGUGAGUAGUUUCUGCAGUUUUCCAGUAUUUGAUAAUCCAUAUACAACACUGGGUGAUAUUUCAGCAGAAUCAUCUCCUUCACGUCAUUCACAAAACAGAGCGAAGAAAACACUACCCUUACAAAGGAGGCCUCUGAUUUAACUGUUGCUGGUAGUUCCUUCAUAAUAUUGUUCAGUAGACUGGGAGUAAACAUACUGUUUUAAAUACGCGUAACUGAGAUUACUUUAUGUAGAUACAACUAUCAAUUUAUAUUUACCAUAAGUAUCACUUUCAUUUCUCCACAUGUCCACACAUCAAUGACAUACUCUUCUCCUUGAAAUUAUUUUCGUGACUGUGUAAGAAACUCACUAUCUCUCUUGUGAAUCACGUUAUUUAUUGUAGCCCAUUUGAUCACCAGAGUAUUUGUCAGACUUCAAUAGCAACUGACAUUUUCAUCUCAACAUCACAAAGCAUAAACAUAUCAAACUGUCAUUUAAAAUUAAGACUUAAUUACAAAGAGAGUAAAUAACUGAUCAUCCUUGUGUUUGAGGUGAAGCAGUGGUGCAUAUCAAGUGAAAAUGGUGUAAUGAGUGAGAUCAUUUAGACAAAUCCUAUAAUAUGUAUACUAUUUUUCCCAAUCAGUUGAGGUAAUUAUAUUAGGUAUAGCAGUUAUGAAGGCCAAACAUUUGUUGCCAAUUCAUAUUUUUAUAUAAUGUUUAUAUAUGUGUAAUAAACGUUGUUAUACAAUUUAAGAUAUU